AUGGGAUAAGAAGCAAGCUGCUGCAAAUAAAAGCACGCUGAUAUAGGAAUCGAAAGAAUAUUUGAUAACAACUAUCAAAUUAAUAGAGAAACCAUAUAAAUACUAGGAGCUGAUACUAAUCAUUUCAAUCCUUACCGUAAAUCCAAGUUGAUAAAGCUUCAUAAAGUUUAAUGUGAGGAAAAUUAAGCAAAGCCUGAGAGCGCAAAAGGCAAUUCUAUUUACCAUUCCAGAAAUUGGUCAACCGCUUCAUAGACACUUUAGGAAUCUAACUUUUAGCGUUCUGGUGACAACAACCAAAUUCGUUCAUCUUUUGAUGUAAAAGGAAACAAUGUGAAUGGAACUAACUAAUAUUAUUCAAACAAUACCUAAUACAACUCAACUCAAGAGACUUUAAAUAAUUUCUCUUCAUAGCCCUCCAUAUCAAAUAAUUAAUACGGAUCAUUUUAGGGAAAUUACGUAACUUCUCCAAGUUCUUAUGAGUUAGACAAUUUUUAAUAAGUCGCAGGUGUUCAUAACAAUAACACAUUUGCUGCAGUUGUCAACUCAGAUUAAGUCUAUUCAGUUCGUGAAACAUACCUUGAUGGAUCUACCUAUGAAGGAGAAAAAGUUGGUGAAUUCCGUUAAGGAUAUGGAAUUUUUAUUUUCUCAAAUAAGGCAUGCUACAAAGGAAACUGGAGCCAAGACAAAAUGAACGGAAGAGGAUUGCUAUAUUAUUCAAGUGGUUAGCUUGCUUACUAAGGUCAAUUUGCUGAAAAUAAAUUUUAAGGAUAUGGCUAUUUGAACAAUGAAAUAAUUGACUACACCCUUAGAGAGGAUGAUGACAAAUAUUACCACGAUUUUAGUACUAUCGGAAAUAAAUGGAUCAAGUAUGAAGGAGAAUUCUACAAUGAUGCAAAAAAUGGAAGAGGCAGACUUUACUUUUCCAAUGGUGACUUUAUACAAGCAGACUUUGUAGAAGAUAAAAUUAAUGGAGAAUGCAUUCUAUAUAAAUCAAAUAACUAAAUAGUGAAGGGGUAUUGGAGAGAAAAUAAGCUCAUAAGAAUUACCUACUGA